AUGCCUCAAUACUACAGUAGACGGAUACUAUACCCCUUGCCCGAGCACAUUCACGAUCCAUAUGGCCUUGAGUCUAUUCUGGAUAAGUUCGGUUAUGAGGUCUCAUGGAAUACCACCACACUCACACUCCACUCUGUUACUCUACCGAAGCCGAAGCCGACACGCCGGCAUCGCAGAUCAGAUUCUCAAGGAACCGAGGGAAGAUCUUUCUCAACAUUGUUCCACCUAUUCCCACUCUUUUCACUCCACAAUAAAGCUUGGGAGCUUCCAGUUGGAGAUGUCUGGGACUUUCCUCUUUACUAA